AUGGCGUCGGCAGCGUCCCGGACAUAUCUGGCCUUCCAGCACAACGCCAAGCUGCACACCCUCAAGACCGUCGUCACCGCCGUCCGCCCCUUCGCCGAACUCGAGGAGGCCAACCGCCAGCUCUACAAGGACGGCGGCGAACAUGACCACGUCGUCGUCACGGAACAGACCAUCUUCCAUCCCCAGGGCGGCGGCCAGCCCUCCGACGUCGGCGCCAUGACGACGCCCGCCGGCGGCUCCUCCUUCGCCGUCGCCUCGGCCCGCAUGGACGCCGUCCGCGACGCCAGGUGCUGCACUUUGGCCGCUUCCGCGACGGCGCCGCGCCCUUCCGCGCGGGCGACGAGGUCGAGCAGGCCAUCGACAGGUAUCCGCCGUUGCUCUACUCGCGCCUGCACACGGCGGCACGUCCUCGUGCCGCCGCUGAUAAGGAUGUAUUCUACAUUUGUAAGAUUUCUUCACUAA